AUGUCGACUGCCAACGAGACGGUGCCAGCUGGAUCUUACGCAUAUACUAACACACUCGAGGGUGUUUACUACGGGCCCAAGUGCGUUGAAACCGCACUCCCAGAACUUUUGGACACUCUUGGAGCCAAACGAGCGCUUAUCGUAACAGGAAAGUCUCUCCGCGACAAGACUGGCAUUGUGGAAAAAAUAGAGAAUAUCCUGAAGAAAUCCAAUGCAUUUGGUGCCACUUUCUCGGAAAUCGGGGAGCACACCCCUGAGGCUGGUAUCGAGAACGGCGUCUCCAAGUUUCGUGAAGUCGACGCCGAUAUUAUAGUGUCCGUUGGUGGCGGUUCUCCCAUCGAUGCGUCAAAGGCUAUUAUCUUCAGGCUCCAGCAACAAAGAGCACAAGAAAUAUCUAACAAAGAGCCGGAGUUCUUUCGGCAAAUCGCAAUACCAACAGCCCUGAGUGCGGCCGAGUACACGAGUGGUGCAGGUUAUACCAAUAAACAGGGUGACAAGGUACUUCACAAUCAUCGAAAACUUUCUCCGGCGGGGAUCAUAUUGGACGCAGAGCUGACUCUUUCAACACCUGAACAAUUAUGGCUUUCUUCUGGAAUACGUGCGCUGGACCAUGCAGUUGAGAAUCUAUACAGACCUGGAGUGCCCCUACCUAUGAAAAAGCUAUGCCAUGCUGCCAUCGCCGAUCUUUUCCGUUUUCUCGUGUUAUCAAAGAAAGACAGCAAAGAUCUCGUUGCUAGGCAGAGGCUGCAAGUUGCGUCGUGGAUGAGCUUAUGGCCGCGGGAAGUUAAAAUUUACGGCUCCUUAGGAUUAUCACACACGCUCGGUCAUAAGCUUGGGGCAACCUAUGGGAUACCGCACGGCAUCACCUCGUGCUUGACGCUUGCGCCGGUCGUCAACCUACAAGCGGAAAUAGCAAGCCAAGAGGACAAGGAGUACCUCGCUGAAGCCUUGUUAUAUCUCAGAGAGCCAUCAAUUGGGUCUGUAGACGGAGAUGUCAGGAAACUGUCGUCCAUGAUCACUAGCCUUGUACAAGAGCUCGGGCUGCAGAGGACGUUGAGCCAAUAUGGCGUGCCAACGGCCGACAUUGAACAGAUCGCGAUCCGUGCAGUUGGUCAAGAGGAUGAAGAGUUACUUUCAAAGGUAAAGAUUGUUUUGGAGAGCAUCUACUGAUUCGGGUACUGUUCGUUGUCGAGUAUGAUAAACGCCACCAAUGUAAAUAUAUGCAUGAGCCACAAUCAACUAAUUUUUUUGUAA